UUUGUGUGGUGGUCUCAGGAUGGAAACGACACUGUCAGCUAAGCAGAUCCGGCAAAAGUUCAUUGAUUUCUUCAAGGAGCACCAGCACACCUAUGUCCACUCAUCUGCGACUAUCCCCUUGGACGAUCCUACGCUGCUCUUUGCCAAUGCUGGCAUGAAUCAGUUCAAACCCAUCUUCCUCAAUACCCUUGAUCCCUCCCACCCCAUGGCUAAACUGACCAGAGCCGCCAAUACCCAGAAGUGCAUCCGAGCUGGGGGCAAACACAACGACCUGGAUGAUGUGGGGAAAGACGUCUACCACCACACCUUCUUUGAGAUGCUGGGGUCUUGGUCAUUUGGCGAUUACUUUAAGGAACUGGCUUGUAAACUGGCUCUGGACCUUCUCACCAACGAGUUCGGCAUCCCCAUUGAAAGACUCUAUGUCACUUACUUUGGUGGCAACGAGGCAGCCGGAUUAGAGCCAGACCUUGAGUGCAAACAGAUCUGGCGGGAUUUGGGACUGGCUGAGAGCAAGAUCCUGCCUGGCAGCAUGAAGGAUAACUUCUGGGAAAUGGGGGAGACAGGCCCCUGUGGCCCCUGCAGUGAGAUUCAUUAUGACCGGAUUGGGGACAGGGAUGCCUCGCACCUCGUCAAUCAAGAUGACCCCAAUGUCUUGGAGAUCUGGAACCUGGUGUUCAUACAGUUUAACAGAGAGGCUGACGGGACCCUGAAACCUCUUCCCAAGAAGAAUAUUGAUACCGGGUUGGGUCUGGAAAGGCUGGUGUCUGUGCUGCAAAACAAGAUGUCCAACUAUGACACUGAUCUCUUCAUCCCAUACUUCGAAGCCAUCCAGAAGGGCACUGGGGCCAGGCCGUACACAGGGAAGGUUGGUGCUGAGGAUGUAGACGGUAUAGACAUGGCAUACCGAGUCCUGGCAGAUCACGCCCGAACUAUCACUGUGGCACUUGCUGAUGGAGGGAGACCUGACAACACUGGCAGAGGGUAUGUUCUGAGAAGGAUUCUCCGGCGGGCCGUGCGCUACUCCCACGAGAAGCUCAAUGCCCCCAAGGGCUUCUUCGCCUCACUGGUCGACGUCGUGGUGCAGUCACUGGGCGACGCGUUCCCCGAGCUAAAGAAGGACCCGGAUAUGGUGAAGGAUAUUAUCAAUGAAGAAGAGGUUCAGUUCCUGAAAACGCUCAGUAGAGGGCGCCGCAUCCUGGACAGGAAGAUCCAGAGCUUGGGAGACAGUAAAACGAUCCCUGGGGACACUGCCUGGCUGUUGUACGACACCUAUGGUUUCCCCGUGGAUCUCACUGGACUCAUUGCCGAGGAGAAGGGCCUCACUGUGGACAUGGAGGGCUUCGAGGAAGAGCGGAAGAUGGCUCAGCUGAAGUCUCAGGGCAAGGGAGACGGUGCAGAAGACCUCAUAAUGCUGGACAUCUAUGCUAUUGAAGAGCUCCGCACCCGGGGACUGGAGGUAACCGACGACUCGCCUAAAUACAACUACACAUCGGAUCCCAGUGGUGCCUACGAGUUUGAGAGCCCAGUGGCCACUGUGCAAGCAAUCCGCAGGGAGAAGAGGUUUGUGGAGGAAGUGUCUACGGGCCAGGAGUGCGGCAUAGUGCUGGACAAGAGCUGCUUCUACGCCGAGCAGGGCGGGCAGAUCUAUGACGAAGGCUACCUGGUCAAGGAAAACGACAGCAGCGAGGAUAAAGCGGAGUUCACGGUGAAGAACGUGCAGAUCCGGGGGGGCUACAUGCUUCACAUAGGAAUGGUCUAUGGGAGCCUGAAAGUGGGAGACCAAGUCCAUCUGUAUAUUGAUGAGCCAAGGCGGAGACCCAUCAUGAGCAACCACACUGCCACCCACAUCCUCAACUUUGCCCUGCGCUCGGUGCUGGGGGAUGCCGACCAGAGAGGGUCCCUGGUUGCCCCAGACAGGCUGCGAUUUGACUUCACUGCCAGAGGAGCCAUGUCCACCCAGGAGAUCAAGAAAACAGAAGAGAUUGCCAACCAAAUGAUAAAGGAAGCCAAGAUUGUAUAUGCCAAGGAUUGCCCUCUGGCAGCAGCAAAAGCUAUCCAGGGCCUGCGGGCUGUGUUUGAUGAGACCUACCCUGAUCCUGUGCGUGUUGUCUCCAUUGGCAUCCCCGUGGAGGACAUGCUGGCUGAUCCCUCCAGCGCCGCUGGCUCUAUCACUUCCGUCGAGUUCUGCGGAGGGACACACCUUCAGAACUCAAGCCAUGCUGGCCCUUUUGUGAUUGUCUCUGAAGAAGCGAUUGCUAAAGGCAUCCGGAGGAUAGUUGCAAUCACUGGUGCUGAGGCGCUGAAGGCACUCAGGAAUGCGGACAGCCUCAUGAAAUCGCUCUCUGCCCUGGAUGCCAAAGUGAAGGUCCAAACCACUCCCAACAAGGACGUGCAGAAGGAGAUUGCAGACCUCAGUGAGACACUGGCUACCGCAAUUAUCCCACAGUGGCGGAAGGAUGAGCUGAGAGAGGCGCUCAGAGCUCUGAAGAAGUUUAUGGAUGACCUGGACCGCACAAGCAAAGCAGACAUCCAGAAACGAGUGCUGGAGAAGACCAAGCAGCUCAUUGACAGUCAUCCUAACCAGCCACUAGUGGUCCUGGAAUUGGAGAGUGGAGCUUCAGCAAAGGCCCUGAAUGAAUCUCUGAAGCUAUUCAAGGCUUAUUCCCCUCAGACUGCGGCCAUGCUCUUCUCAGUGGAUAAUGAAGCUGGAAAGAUCACCUGCUUAUGCCAAGUACCUCAGGAGGCAGCCAACAAGGGUCUGAAGGCCAGCCAAUGGGUGCAGGAGGUGUCGGGGCUGAUGGAUGGCAAAGGUGGUGGGAAAGAUGGCUCUGCCCAGGCUACGGGCAGGAAUGUUGGCUGCUUAGAGGAGGCUCUGAAACUGGCCACAGACUUUGCUAAGCUCCACCUGGGCGAGUUGAAGAACUGACCUAAUGCCCCUGCACUGGCUCAUGGCACAUAAGGGAAUGCUCUCAACUCCCUCCUCAUUCUCAUCAGCCUGGCUGAUAGGUUACCGUUUACUCUAGUGGAGACUGCGGAGACGGAGGCUGCAUGUCAUUCCUUCUGAAUCCAUCUGCUUGAGACAUUAGCAGACUAAAAGCAGAAUCAUGCCGUAGUGCUCAAAACAAGGGACAGAGAGCCGGUAACUUGUGUCCUAAUCUGGCUCGGAGGUCUCCUGCUGUAGCCUUGGUUAAGUCACUUCACUUUUGUCUGUCGCUGUUCCUUGUGAAAAAUCAAGCUGAUAAUACUGACCUACUUCCGAGGGCUGCUGUGAGGAUUAACUAAUUAUUGUAAAGUCUGCAAAGCGCAGUCCAAGGUGCUAAAUAUUAUCAAUCUUCUAAAAUAAAUUAAGAUGCAUCAAGGCAAGAGUCUUCACAUACCAACCCCCACCUCCCUUCCUGUUACUACCACUGGAAGCAUGAGCUGUAAUGAGAAUGGGAGUGGGAGCUACGGUCCAAGCCGCUAGAGUAUUUUGUCCGUCACCACUGUUACCCAGCUGUGGAUAAUGUGGGAAGCUCUUAACUCAGUUCAUUGACAAUAUUAAUAUUGCGUUAAUUUAAGCUGCUAUAGCUAUAUCUCCUGCCUUUAGCGGGGCAAACGUACCUCUGCUUGUAACUGUGAGCAGUAGGCUCAGUGUUAAUAAAAUGACACAUAGAGUGA